CGUUUGAAGUGACUAAUUUCUGUCAUAUGACUGAGGCGCCCAUGGGGGUGGCGAGGCGGCUCUAGGAGCGGGGGCCUAGCGAGCGCCCAGCGGAGCGACCCCGGCCUGGCCGUGGCCAGCAUGGCCCCUACGUUGUUCCAGAAGCUCUUCAGCAAGAGGAGCGGGCUGGGCGCGCCGGGCCGAGACGCCCGGGACCCGGAUUGCGCGUUCAGUUGGCCUUUGCCAGAGUUUGACCCAAGCCAGAUUCGACUGAUUGUGUACCAAGACUGUGAAAGACGAGGGAGAAAUGUUUUGUUUGACUCCAGUGUUAAGAGAAAGAAUGAGGAUAUAUCGGUAUCGAAACUCUGUAGUGAUGCUCAAGUUAAAGUCUUUGGGAAGUGUUGCCAGCUGAAACCUGGAGGAGACAGUUCUUCCUCUUUGGAUAGUUCUGUGACUUUAUCUUCUGAUGUCAAAGACCAGUGUCCUAAGUACCAGGGUUCUCGGUGCUCUUCUGAUGCUAACAUGCUUGGAGAGAUGAUGUUUGGCUCAGUAGCAAUGAGCUACAAAGGGUCUACCUUAAAAAUUCAUCAGAUCCGUUCCCCUCCACAGCUGAUGCUCAGUAAGGUUUUUACUGCUCGCACUGGCAGCAGUAUCUGUGGAAGUCUCAAUACGCUGCAAGACAGUCUUGAAUUCAUCAAUCAGGACAAUAAUACAUUAAAGGCUGAUAAUAACACAGUUAUUAAUGGACUACUAGGAAAUAUAGGUCUUUCACAGUUCUGCAGCCCCAGGCGGGCAUUCUCUGAGCAGGGUCCGCUCCGACUGAUCAGGAGCGCCUCUUUCUUUGCAGUUCACAGCAACCCAAUGGACAUGCCUGGAAGAGAGCUGAAUGAGGACAGAGACAGUGGCAUAGCACGCUCUGCAUCUCUCAGCAGCUUGCUUAUCACUCCAUUUCCCUCUCCAAACUCCUCCCUUACUCGGAGUUGUGCUAGCAGCUACCAGCGACGUUGGCGCCGCAGCCAAACAACAAGUUUGGAAAAUGGGGUAUUUCCUAGAUGGUCUAUAGAAGAAAGUUUUAAUCUGUCAGAUGAAAGCUGUGGCCCCAACCCAGGAAUUGUGAGGAAAAAGAAAAUUGCAAUUGGGGUAAUCUUUUCACUGUCCAAAGAUGAAGAUGAAAAUAACAAAUUUAAUGAAUUCUUUUUUUCACAUUUUCCUCUGUUUGAGAGCCACAUGAACAAAUUAAAGAGUGCAAUAGAACAGGCUAUGAAAAUGAGUCGCAGAUCAGCUGAUGCAAGUCAGAGGAGUUUGGCAUAUAAUCGAAUAGUUGAUGCCCUAAAUGAAUUCAGAACAACAAUUUGUAAUCUUUACACAAUGCCACGGAUUGGAGAGCCUGUCUGGCUUACAAUGAUGUCGGGAACGCCAGAAAAGAACCAGCUUUGCCAUCGUUUCAUGAAGGAAUUCACUUUUCUGAUGGAAAAUGCUUCUAAAAAUCAAUUCUUGCCAGCUCUCAUUACUGCAGUUCUGACCAAUCAUCUUGCCUGGGUGCCAACAGUCAUGCCAAAUGGACAACCACCUAUAAAAAUAUUUUUAGAGAAACAUUCCUCUCAGAGUGUGGACAUGUUGGCAAAGACUCAUCCAUAUAACCCACUUUGGGCUCAACUGGGAGACUUGUAUGGCGCUAUUGGCUCUCCUGUGCGGUUAGCGAGGACUGUGGUAGUUGGCAAACGGCAAGACAUGGUCCAGAGGCUGCUUUAUUUUCUUACAUACUUUAUAAGAUGCUCUGAACUUCAAGAAACCCAUCUUUUAGAAAAUGGAGAAGAUGAAGCCAUUGUUAUGCCAGGCACAGUAAUCACUACCACCCUAGAAAAAGGUGAAAUAGAAGAAUCAGAGUAUGUGCUUAUCACAAUGCAUAGAAACAAAAGUAGUUUGCUCUUUAAAGAGUCAGAAGAAACAAGAACUCCUAACUGUGGCUGUAAGUAUUGCACUCGUCCACUUGUUGGGCAAAACGCAGAGAGUGCUUCACGACAGGACGGAGAAGAUAUCCAGAACAGCUCUACAGAGCUACUGGGAAUUUCAGAUGAAUGCCGAAUGGUUUGUCCUCCUGACUGCCAAGAAGAAAAUGUUGUUGAUGUUAAACAGUGCAGAGAUAAAUUAAGAACUUGCCUUGACACCAAGUUAGAAACAGUUGUUUGCACAGGAUCUGCUCCAGUAGACAAAUGUGCAUUGUCAGAAGCAGGCCUAGAGCCAACAGAGGAAACAUGGCACAGUGAGGAACUGCUGAAUUCAGAUCAUCACACAGAUAAAGCAUUGAGAUCUACAGGAGUGGUUGUGGAAAAAAAACCUCCAGAUAAGAUUGUACCUGCUGUAUUUUCUUGUGAGGCAGCCCAGACAAAGGUUACUUUUCUGAUUGGGGAUUCUAUGUCACCUGAUUCGGACACUGAACUCCGGAGUCAGGCAGUGGUGGAUCAAAUUACCAGGCAUCACACCAAACCACUGAAGGAAGAAAGAGGGGCAAUUGAUCAACAUAAAGAAACUAAACAAACAACUAAGGACCAAUCUGGAGAGUCUAAUAGACAGAACUUGAUUUCUGGAGAGCCCUGUGAACUCCCCUGUUGGAGUCAUUCAGACUCUGAAAACAUGAGCUUAUUUGAUGAAUAUUUUAAUGAUGAUUCAAUUGAAACCAGGACUAUUGAUGAUGUUCUAGAUAAAACAAAUGCAGACAGUAAAGAACACUGCUGUGUGUUGGAGUUUUCAAAAAUGUUGUGUACAAAAAACAGCAAACAAAGCAAUGAAUUUUGUAAAUGUGUAGAGGCAGUUCACCAGGAUUCAUGUAAAACCUGCUUUCCUCAGCAGGACCAAAGAAAUACACUCUCCAUUCUUGUCCCCCAUGGGGAUAAAGAGAGUUCAGAGAAAAAAAUUGCUGUAGGAACUGAAUGGGACAUUCCAAGAAAUGAAAGUUCAGACAGUGCCCUUGGUGAUAGUGAAAGCGAAGAUGCAGGUCAUGAUAUGACUAGACCAGUCAGUAGUUACUAUGCAGGAGAGCAAGAAGACUGGGCAGAAGAGGAUGAGAUACCAUUUCCUGGGUCAAAAUUAAUUGAAGUGAGUUCUGUUCAGCCCAACAUUGCCAACUUUGGGAGGUCCCUGCUGGCUGGCUACUGCUCAUCUUAUGUGCCUGACUUUGUUCUUCAAGGAAUUGGGAGUGAUGAGAGGCUCCGGCAGUGUCUAAUGUCAGACUUGUCUCAUGCUGUGCAGCAUCCAGUGUUGGAUGAACCAAUAGCAGAAGCUGUCUGUAUUAUAGCUGAUAUGGAUAAAUGGACCGUUCAGGUGGCCAGUAGCCAGAGAAGAGUAACAGAUAAUAAACUGGGGAAGGAAGUAUUGGUUUCCAGUCUUGUUUCCAACCUGCUUCAUUCCACUCUUCAGCUUUAUAAGCAUAACUUAUCUCCAAAUUUUUGUGUAAUGCAUCUUGAAGACCGGUUGCAGGAGUUAUACUUCAAGAGCAAAAUGCUGUCUGAAUAUCUGAGGGGGCAGAUGCGUGUCCAUGUCAAGGAGUUGGGAGUAGUUCUUGGGAUUGAAUCCAGUGAUCUUCCUCUCCUGGCUGCUGUAGCAAGCACUCACUCUCCUUAUGUUGCUCAGAUACUCCUUUAACAUGCGUAAAGGUUAACUUUGGUGGAAAGAUAAGUAGAAUCCAAGGAGGCAGACACAAAAUGUAUUUGUGUGGAUUUGUUCCUGUUACACUUUCGUCUGGAUGAACAGUCACCUGGGUAUUAGGUGUUUCAUUGCUUAUCCGUGUACAUUGGAUGGUUCUUUUUAAUGGGACUUGGGGUUGGUGGGAGAUUUUUAACCAAGUGAAACUAAAGUAGCAUAAAUAAUUUUGGGGCAAAGCACUUGAAAAAGCCAAAGUGUAACAUAGAAAUUUCUACAAAAUGUAUAGCAUCAAGGGAUUUCGUAUGAUCACUAUGAUGUCCCAGUUCAUAAAUAUCAACAGAUAUCUCAUGAUUAACUGGCUCAGAAAUUUUCAAUAGUUUUAAAUUUUUUAUUUGUAAGGUACAGAAAUCUAUAAAACCUUGAUUAUUUAUUUUGUUUUAUAAUUCAAAGCAGUUAAUUUCUGGUUGUUUCUGAAAGUAAGUUAAACAGCCUAUUAUAACAAACUCAGAAUAAUUAGUGUAAAUGUGCGUUAUGUUAUCCACCUAAGUGUACAUAUGUAUCUAUUUUUUUAAAAAGAAGAAAUAGAAAUACAUGAUUGGUAAAAUAUGCCUUUUUAAAAAAUGUUUUCAAUCAGUAUUAUUGUAAUGUUUAAAUGUUACUAUCUGAUGAUUUUUCUGUUUCACACACUCUAUAAGUCAAACCAAUCUUUUAUAAGGCUGUAGAAGGUAGAUUCCCAAAAUACUACUACUUUAUACUGUUUGUGAGCUAAUUCUUAUUAAUACUUACAUAUUCACUAAUUUAAUAACUGAAAAUUAGGAUUAAAAAUUGCUCCAUAGCAUUGGAAGAAAUAAUAAUAUUUUCUUUAAAAAGUGCUCAGGAAGCCAAGGCCCUUUUUUCAGUAUCAGCCCUUCUUGAACCCACAGGAGCCAAAUAUUUGUUUGAGUGCUCAAUUAUAUUCAAUUUACACUAACAGAACUCAUGACUCUUAAAAUUUUUCUUUAAGAGCCCCUGUCUUCCAGAAGCUGGUUUCUUUCAUAGAUUUCCAUUUUUCAAUUGCUGUCUCUGUAUACUAUAGAUUAUUGCUUGUAAGAAAGGCUAAUAUGGAACCAAACUUGUGUAAGUAAUGUAAAUAGAAAGAUGGGUAGGUAAAGUUUUCAAUAUGCUCUACUACCUCAGUUUACUUGAAUACUACAUUGUAGUUUGUUCUUUGCUUUUCUGGUCUAAGAUAGUUUCACUGCUAGAAGUAAAGUUGGUUUCUGCUUUCAUUUACUGUUAUUUUCAUAACUGAUUAAGAAAUCUACUUCCUUAUUUAGUUACUUAAAUACAUUUACUGUAUAACACACCGAUUCUUGCUAUUUAAAUUUUUAGUAAUUAAUGGACAAUUUCUGUGAUGUCUUUAGUAUUUGACCUUGAUUUUAUAGCAUUGGGUCACAUUUUUGCCCUCUCCAUGGGUAUUCAAGAGAUCUCCAAGUACACAAAGAAAGUGUUGAUGUAAUGAAAUGUAAACCUGAAGUCGGUGUGCCUGCAGUGUUUUUGAUCUGUUUCCUAUUAGCUUGUCCCAGUUAGUACCUGAGUCUCCCAUGGAUGACUUAGAGCCAAAGUGUGUUUAUAGAUAUUUUUUCUUUGGCUUAAUUUAGUUAUUCAUUAACAGAAUUCUUCUGUAACCUGUUUUUAGAAUUUUGUGAGUCAGUUGCUGGCCGAAUUCAGGAUACAGAAAAAUCCAUAUGUCCAUUAAAUACUAUUUUUUGAUUGUAGCUCAGUAUAAUAUGUAGCAGCUAGAUAAUGUCUAUUUCUGGGUAUUUUCUUAACCAUGAAACUAUUCUCAGUCCUAUUUGUUUGAAAUGUCUAAUAAAUGACCACUUAGGAAUUCUAGUCUUGGUAAGUGGAUGGCUCAUGCUAUUGAUACUCUUAAAAAUAAGCUUUGCAGGGGAGGAAAAAGUGUAUAGUUUCUUCAAGAAUCAUUAAUCCUUAUAGGAUUCCUAAGUUUUAUAAUUCCUAACCCUUCUGUAAUUUCUGGUACCUUCCUCAUAGUCAUUUUUUCCUUAUACAAAGCCCAAGGAGUGAGCUGCUGCUUCUUUAAUAUAUAGUCGUUAUGAUGAGUGUGAGAAGAAUUUUGACCCAUAUGAAAUAAUUUUUUCAUUUUCUUAUGGUACAGACAGAUAUGGGUUACAUAUCAAAAAAAAUCCUGUUUUGUUACAACGGGGUAUGAAAAAGGGAUCUUUUACAUUUUAGAAUUAAAACUAAUUUUUCCUUGUAUAUAAACUAAUUGGUUUGCUUUUAAAUAUUCCUGACAUUUAUUAAUAUGUCUUAACUUUGAGUUUGAAAAUGUUAAGUGCAAUAAACAUACUAGUACUGAUUUCAUUUUGUUGCAGUUGGCAUAUUCUGGGGAUGAUUACUAAAAAAACCAAUUUUACAUAAUGCCUACUUUUGGAAUAUGUCUUAUGAAAAUGUUCUGCUUUCUCUAAGUUAUUUAGAUGGUGGAUAUGUAAAAUGUACAUAUUUGUUCCUUGUUCUGAAUACAUUUCUCAAAUGUAUACCUGUAUUAUAAUAACCUCCCAGUUCUGGGGGGAAAUUUGUGCAAUAAAUAUACAUGUCAAUUUGA